AUGAAUUUUUUCAAUAUCAUAUUUUGUCUGCUCUGUUGCAGCUCGAUCUUUCAAACACUGAGCGGGGUAAACAGCACAUCAAAACAAGUCACAUCCAACAAAACUCCCGAUACUUCGACAUCAAGCAAGUGCCUCAACGUUCACUUCAACAAUUACUACUCUGGGCCAGCAAAUAAGGACAUCAAGGUACAUCUUCUCAAAAUAGAGAAUCAACUCGCAGAUUUAGAGAAGAAAAUCGAUGCUUUGACGGAAAACAAAACAACUCCGCCAGGUGAGUUUUUGUCAAUUUUGUAUAUACGUCUUACAACUCAUCCAUGCUGCAAUAUUAUCAUGCUAACUAUAGUUGUUGAUGUCUCUCGACAGCUAUGAAAAACUGUGCUGAGCUGUACAAAUCCGGCGAAAGAAUUACAGGAGUUUACACAAUCGAUCCCGAUGGUUUGGGUGCGUUUGAUGUGUUUUGCGAUCAAAAAUCUGUAGGUGGGGGGUGGACAGUAUUCCACAAGAGACUCGAUGGCUCCGUUGAUUUCAACAAUCGCGGCUGGGCGGACUUCAGACGUGGAUUCGGAAACUUAAAUGGUGAGUUUUGGCUCGGAUUGGACUAG